UCCAAAAACUGAGGUGGAGUGGAGCAGUUAUUUUUCAAACACACCACAACCGUCUCCUUCUUCCUUCUUUCAAUAAGUCCCACUAUUUUGUCGCACUCUUCCUUUUUCAAACCACUCUCAUCUAAUCAUCUCCACAAAAGUGCUUAAGUUACUCUUCCAUGUUCUUCCUUAACUUCUUCCUCAUUACUACUCUGUGUCCAUAACCAGCUCAUUUUUCAUCAGGUUUAAUAACUUCUACCUUUCCUUGCUUGUUUAAUAACCUCCAAUGAAUUCAGAAACUGCCAUCAAGUUAUAGAUAUGUUUGGCAUAUUGUUCGGUUGGUCCAAAGCUUCCAAAUGUAAGAAGGCGAUCAAAAGAGCGAGGUGCAGGCUCGGGCUACUCAAGAACAAGAGGCUUGCAAUAGCAAGGCAACUGAGAAAGGACUUAGCUGAGCUAAUACAAAGUGGCCAUGAAGAAACUGCAUUUAACCGGGUUGAACAGCUUUUGCAAGAUGAAAGCCUAGCAGCUGCUUAUGAAUUGCUAGAUCACUUCUGCGAAUUUAUCCUUUCACAAUUCUCCUAUAUCCGGAGGCACAAGGACUGUCCAAAUGAUAUUAACGAAGCAGUUUCUAGUCUUAUAUUUGCUUCAGCAAGAUGUGGAGAUCUUCCUGAGCUUGGUGUCAUCAGAAACCUCUUUGGACAGCGCUAUGGUGAGAGGUUUGCAACUACAGCUGUGGAGCUAUUUCCAGGGAAUCUUGUAAACAAACAAUUGAAAGAGAAUUUGUCAGUAAAGUCUGUGCCGGAUGAUCUGAAGUACAGAAUGAUGGAUAAAAUAGCGAAGGAUAACUGCCUCCAACAACAGGUUUUAGCCAUAGAAUACUACCCGGAUUGGCAACAAGUGCAGGUUCAAGAAAAUAAAGGGUAUCAACUUGUGGAAACUGAUGCCCAAAUAAUUGACACAAUUGCAGGAUCUAAAGUCCACCCUUCAGAGAUUGAAGAGAUAAAAAGUGAUGUCACAUAUGUUAAUUCAUCCAUUACCAAACCAAGUGAUUCUUUUUCUCUGCCAGAAUCUAGCUUGGCUGAUACUUCUGUGAUGGUGUCUGCUGUUCAGCAAUAUCCCCCAUAUAUCCUGAGAUAUCCUUUGGAAAAGAAAGUUGUAGAGAUAGACUUUACUGGGCUACUUUCUUCUAUAAAUUUUGAUUUGCAAAACAAGGGGGAAAGAAUGGCUUUAACAUCUUCUGCACAAAGAGUAAGUUUCUCUCCCUAUCCUGAAGAAGUGGUAGAUUAUGUAGAUGACAUCAAGGAGUUUUCUUUACCAAAAGAUGGUGCCUGCCAAGACCAAAUGCUAUUUAAGUUCAGAUCUUCUGGUCUGUCCAGGAGAGAAAAAUCUCAAUUUGGUUUUGGUGAUAGUGAAAUGGAUCAAGAGGGAUCAGGGAGUGAUAACUCAAGCACAAUGACCUCUAGAAAGAGCAAAAGGAAACAUGAGAAAAGAUAUAGAAGGAGAUCAACCUCCCUGGAAAACCUUGGCCUUAUGGAUAUUGGAUACAUGAUAUAUUAUCACAAGCCAUGCAAAAGUCCCUUGGCUCAUAAACAUGGUACUCAUUACCACAGAAAGCAUCACAAGCCUUCACUUGAAGGAAUUCCCCCAUCAAGUUAUUGCCAAAAGAGACUGAUGCUACAAGGUGGCACAAGGAGAAAAACUUUCAACUUCAAAAUGAGUGGCUGCAGCUUGGACCAGCCUUGUUAUUUUUGCCUUUAUAAUGAUGAGGACUAUUUGGAGGCUCAAUUAAUGAAUCAAAAGAGAGGGAUCAGAGCCAGACAUGUUCUGAGUGAUGAAUGUUGUCAUUGCCAACCCUUUUGGGAUGAUGAGAUGAACCAAGGAGUUGAAUUGGUUACUAAACCUCGGAGACCAAAUAGGAGGAGUUAUAGUUGUGCAGCUGAGUAUCAUGAAUUCAACUACCCACGUUGCCAAGAUGGUAAUGGAAACAAUGAAACAAAAGCAGAAAUAUCUGGUUCUAACAAAGUUUCCAAUACAAGGACUAGUGGUUCCUCAACAAGAAUAGAAACAGAAGCUAUCUAUUCAAGGGCCAUGACCAUGCCUCAAGAGAGGCACAGAAACAACAAUGAUAAGAUGUUAAGGACAUUUUCAUGUCCUUCUCCACACCCUAAUCAUGUUCAUCCUAAGUUGCCAGACUAUGAUGACAUAGCUGCCAAGUUCACUGCUCUCAAGAGAGAGCACCUUGAAAACAUGGACUGUAGUAGGGAUCAAAACAUGUAGAGGAGGCAUAUAUACAUUAUUUUUAUAGUGCUGGCCUAUUAAAUUUUGAAUCACCCAUUAAAAUAACUUUUUUUAUGAGAUUGUUUUUGGAUAUCACUAAAUAUUGUUUGGCAUUCCUCCAUGUAAAAUUACAAUGAUUGAUUGUUACUAGAAUAUUGUAUCAUUUUUUUGGGUCUUGGAACUACUUAGAAACAAAGGUUUUCAAUGUAAUGGGUGCU